AGGCAAUGUCCUUGGCCCGCACUCGGCGAAAUUCGCUGAAAUGCAUUCCUUUUGUAACCCGCGGCGAGCGCUGCUAACGCGUGGGCAGGCUAAAGGGCUGCCCCAGGGCUUAAGCCACCAUGGUCUCUGAUGCCAUAAAAUGCGCACGGAUGGAGUAAGAUGACCUCUGAUGCCAUAAAAAUGCGCACGGAUAGAGUAAGAUGACCUGGCUGCUCCCGGAUCCACCGCAACUGCGCAACGCGUCCGCCACACCAAUUGCCGGAGCCUGCGUGCGGUUAAGGAACCGACGCGGCCGCUUCUGCCUCCCGUCCGUCGUCGUCAUCGGCGCCAUGCGCGCCGGCACGUCCGCGUUGACCCACUACCUUUUGCAGCACCCUCAUUUAAUUCGGAAUGCCGAUGGCACGGAAGUACAUUACUUCAGCGACCCGUUCGAACCGACGCGAUCGCUCCUGAAGACCUGGCCGACGUACGCCGCGCGGUUUCCCGUGGCCGCGACGACGGUCCAGACCCUCGACAAGACCGCUCAAUACCUCACGGGCAAUAUGGACGCGCUCAGAACAUUAUUACCCCGAGCCCACAUCGUCGCGGUCCUGCGGGAACCGGGCCAGCGCGCCUACAGCGAGUUCUUCCACCACUGCCGCGCAGGCCGCGUCGUCGAGGUCACCAAAAGAGUCGGCCCGCUCCGCGCCGGCGCGGUGUUGCGGGGCGACGCGCUGCGGGGCGGCCGCUUCGCGGCGGCGGCCAUCUGCUACGGCGCGCGCGGGCGGAAGAAGCAGUUAGAUGAAUUGUACAAACUGAGAGAAGAGGAGAACCCCGCCUGGAUCCUUAACAAGGGCACGUACCGCGUCCUCGGGCGCUGCGCCGCGCGGCACUUCGACCGCUUCCUGGCGGCCUCGCCGCCCGAGGGCGAGUGGACGGAACUCGGCGCGGGCCGCUACGCCGACCUCUUACAACCCCUGGGCGGCGCCGUGACCCUCGUCGACGCGGCGGACUUGCGAAGCGACGCGGGCGCCGUCGCGCGGCGGGUCCUCGGAGGGCUGCGCCUCGACGCGGCCCUCUAUCCGCGUCAUCUCGAACCGUACGUGCCGUCCCACGUCGACGCGCCCGAGCCGCUCCUGCCCGCGACGCGCCGGCGCCUCGACGACGUCUACCGGGGCCCGAACGCGGCGCUGCGCCGGCUCGCGCCGGACCUGAAGCUCGUCGGGUGGAGCUAA